UACGUCAUUUACACCUUUAUCUGGCUGAUCACUGUAUGUGUGUUUAAACAAUCGAGAGUAAAUCAAGCGAGCAACAUGGCUGACGCUGGCCCUGCAGAACCUGCUUGCUUGUUUCUCAGUCACUGGGGAUGAUGUCUGUAUAUAUGCCAUGUUCCCAACCAUCCCUUGCAUUGGUCAUUUUAGCAAGCUUAUUUCACACAGCAGAAAGGAAAACAAGCCACUUUUGUCACAAAACCAACAACUAUUUUUACUGCACGAGCAGAAUGUCUUUGUCUGAGCGUAUCGUGCUGUUGCAUUUUGUUUUUGUAUAAUGCAUUUCAAAACCUCCAAUAUUAUUUGCUAUGUUUGAUCAUAGGCACCAAUGUAACUAAUUUAAAGCAAAGGUAAGUUUAAUCCUCCAGGUAAACCAAUCCAGCUGCUGUCCUACAAGCACACCGGUAAAAAUAAUAGCAUAUCAUCCAUGCAGUAUUUUGCAAGAUCUACUUACCAUAUACUAAUUAAUGACACAAUGAGCUUCAGAAUAGUCUUUGCCCAUUUGAAGAUAUGUCUUUGUUUGCGUUCAUGUGUCUUUUGAACCAUUCUCCAUUAUUAUGUUCUGGGUCAUCGUCAUACUCUUCAGCAAGGUCAUGAGGAAUGCAGCAGCCUUUGAAAGCACACUAUGAAGAAUUAGUGUAUUUUAAUUAAAGUAAAGAAAAAACAGCACACUGAAAUUCCAAAAUGAUCAUGAAAACUCUUCUAAGCAUCAGCUGAACUUUAAAUGUCACAGCCAGGGAACCUCGAGGGACCACCUAUGUAGAUUCAGUGUCAAUGCUUAAUACGUCUAUUGAAAAUUAUUUUUCUGCAUUCAUCCUGUUUCAACCCCUGUUUCAAUCUCACGUUAUGUCAGAAGGCCAUAUUGUUCACCAAGAUGGAUUCAAAUUCAUGGUUUUGAAUAUUUGUUAGUAAGAUGUCUAUCCCCCUGUCAACCCCUGUGGGGACAAGCGGUAUAGUAAAUGGAUGGAUGGAUGUCUAUCAUUGUGAACUGUGGACCAGAAGCACUUUGAGAACCCUUUGUGAGUAGGGGCUAUAUAAAUAAAUUUGAAUUGAUUUGCAGAUAACAAGUCGUGAGUUUUAGUGGCUCCUCUAAUAAUAGUUUGAAGGUUCUCCACGAGCCUGCAUGGGGUUUCUCCUGGUGCUCUGGUUUCGUUUCACUUUCCCAAAACGUGCAUGGUAGGCCCAUGAUGCACUCCAAAUUGUCCGGAGAUGUGCUUGCGAGUACGAAUGCUUGUUUGUCUAUGUGUGCACUGCGAUUGUAAAAAUCCAAACAAAAAUCAAGCAAAUAAGAAUUGCUAACAAAAACACAUCAAGAUGAAACACAACUGCAAAUUAAAAAUUAAGCAAAACAAGCAAACAGGAAAAAGGAAUCGCAAACGACAAAACGAAGUGGAAUCAAGAAAGCAAAUAAACGAACAAAUUAACAAAAAAAGCAAGCAAACAAGAAAAAGGACAAACACGUAAACACUUUCCUCCCGCAAGUGGUGAAGUGGUUAGUUUGGUUAGAAUCAUACAACACAAAUCUGCAAAUGGAUCUCCUUUGAAAGCUGGCAAACCUUUGGGUGUGAAACAGGUGAGAAUACAAAUGUCAUUUUGUUUUUAUGGCAACAGCUGUUCAAAAUGAGAAAACCAGCGUCUUCACUUAUUCAAAACUGUGGAAAACAUUGCCACCUAGUGGCGAGAAAGCGCAAUGUGGUAUUUUAAGGGGGAAUGCAAAGACCCCCCCCCCCCUGUCCCCCCCCUCACUCAACAACCACUUCUGGUAGUGUCGUCACCUUUUUCUUGCCUUUAAUGGCUUGUUGACUCAUCGAUGGAAGUCACAAAUUGAAAUUUUCAUGCCCUUCUGAUGUCGUGACAAGAGGACAGUAUGUUGCUGGGACAGUUCUAAUAAGGUUCUAUUGUUUAGACCCUGGUAUAUGUUGUUAUUUAAGAAAUACAAACAAACAAAAAUCUGAAAAAGGGUUUUUCCAGUUGCUGUAAAAUGAAAAUGACAUUCACACAGUAAUGAUAAGCUUUGAUCGGAUGUGCCGUAAGUCUGUCAAGUUCAUCCAUGAGGGUGAGAUUUUCUGUGCACCCCUGUUUGUAUAUAAAUAACCAAAUUUGAACACUGAUUCCCUUCUGUGGGAAAAUCACAAAAAAGAAAAAGCACCACUCAUUGCCUGCUUAUUCCCCCACCCUUUCGUCACUUGAAACAACAGAAGGAGCUGAGCUCUGUGAUAUAAACGACUUUACAGGACUGAGAAAACAGUGUUGAAGGUUUUUUCCCCCCGGCCGUAUCAAGUUUAUCAGAGGUCUUCAUUCAUAGUAUUAGAAGAAUUGGUGUUCGAAAAUCAAACAUAUUUUCACAUAAUAAUCCUACAACUUGAUGGAAUUACGACGGUGUGGUGGUGAACAAAAAUAACUAUUUAUUUAUUUGUUUAAACACAAUUAUUGAGGUCUGCUCCUUGUUACAAUGGGACCACCCCUCUCUGGUUUCAAUGCUGCACAAGAUGACAUUGAGCCGUUUCUGUCCAAAAUAACUCUGCCCUAUUACAACCGAUGACUCAUCAUGUGUUGCCUGUGGCAACAGGGAAGAAAUCACCACCAGCUGCAGGAAACUGAUCUGUGUUUCUAGAAGGUUGGUUGCCUCUGCAGGUAACCAGCUGGGAUAAGCAUGUACGGCAAGAUUCUGCUUCUUUGCCGCUACUGUUGUUGCCGUGGUUGUUUGUCACGCUCCAAAGUCUUUGGUCAUGAGUCAAGGACUCUGAAGGUCAUUAUGACUCCCGUUCAAAGUCGUAUCUCGUUUUUGCUUUCCUGUCCAAAUUGACAUUCCUGCUGGCAAAAGAGCAACUUGGAGUCAUUAAUGUGUCGUUUAAUAGUACUUGUUUGUGAUGACUUUUUAGUCUCCCAGCUUGCCAUAAAACAACUUGACCAUUCAACUUGAGCUAAUCCUUUCCAUGUGACAUUUGCCCCUUGAAUGGCUUUUCAAAUCCUCUACAGCUGCUGGGGAUACCUGAGAAGGGGGCAUGUUUCUAUUCUACCGGAUUUAGAUGUCACUGCCCAUGUCUAUCUUCUGCGUGUUCUCAUUCUUUGCUCUUUUAGCUCCUUUUAAGAGCUAGAUGUGUUACGUAAGACCCCUGCUUGUAGAUAAAUAAUACACAGGGGACUCCCUCUCUGGCUCGAGUCUCAUGUUUCCGAAAUGAAAGCUUUACUGAGCAGUUGCAGGCUCAGCUAGUUCUUUUCAAUGCUUUUGCUCUUCAUGCUUGUUAAUUUCCUGUACAGGGUACAACGUAAUUUCUGGUCAAGUUCGGUUUGAUACACAGUGUUGCAGAAUUUCCAAGAGUCGCUGUUCAUACACUCAAACGUCAUGUACAAUAUUGUUUUAAGUUUGGAUUAUUAAGUUUUGUCUAACAAUGAUUAAUUGGGGGUGGUCACCGUUGAGAAUUAAAUCGACUGUGAAGAAUUGAUUUUUGAUUUUUUGUUUUGCAGCUAUUUAGGCAUGACAAAUGAGUGUUCUCAGUUUUGUCAUUCAGGUGCAAAUAAAUUUGACUGACAAUAGCUUCCUAAAGGUAGGCACUUUGGAUGGAUGAUGGAUGGAUUGUGCAAUCAUUUUCUGAAUAAGGUUCUACGAAGAUUUGGAAAUUUGACAAUUGAAAGAAAAUAAUUGAUCAUAGCAAAAAAAAAAACGGAUCAGUACAUAUUUCUUUGUUUUGAUUGUAUGAUUUUUUUGCAAAGCAUCAACAUCAAAAUAUAUUUGGUUUUAAUUCAUCGGCUUUGCUACUUUUUCUUUGUAUUUUGUUUUACUGUUAAUUUGUCCAAUUUUUGGUGUUAUCAACUUAUAGUUUUAAUCACUAGCAGUUUCUUUCCAGGUUUGGUUCGGAUUUAUGUCGAUCUGAAGAGCAGCCAGAAUCCAAGAAACUCAGAACUCUUAACAUCUGAUGUGAGAAGAAUCCUUUGAAAGUUUGGCAUUGUAGCUGGGCAGCCUGACUGCCUCCCCGCCUCCAGAUGAAUGAAGAGCACUCCGGAUCACAGAGACACUGCUGAUACAGGGCAUGCAGGUGUUUCUGCAAAUAUGAUGAAGAAAAAAAAUCCCAAUAAGAAACAUAAGAGCAAUCUGGGCCCAACCACCAAAGUUAUGUCACAGCCACGACGCAACAUUGUCGGCUGCAGGAUCCAACACAUCUGGAAGGACGGAAGUGGGCAUGUAGUAUGGAAAGGGACAGUUCUUGACCAGGUGCCAGUGAAUCCGUCUCUUUAUCUAAUAAAGUAUGAUGGCUUUGACUGUGUGUACGGUCUGGAGCUUCACAAGGAUGAGAGAGUUCAAGGACUCGAGGUGCUUCCUGACCGACUGGCUAAGUCCCGCCUGACAGACGUCAAUCUAGCUGAUACAAUGAUAGGCAAAGCGGUGGAACAUAUGUUUGAAACUGAGGAAGGUCCAAAGGAGGAAUGGCGGGGAAUGGUGCUGGCCCGGGCUCCCAUCAUGACCACCUGGUUUUAUAUUACUUACGAAAAAGAUCCAGUCCUCUACAUGUACCAAUUGCUGGAUGACUUUAAAGAAGGAGACCUACGCAUCAUGCCUGACUCAAAUGACAGCGUCCCAGCUGAGAGGGAACCAGGCGAGGUGGUGGACAGUCUGGUGGGGAAACAGGUGGAGUAUGCCAAAGAGGAUGGAGGCAAACGAACAGGCAUGGUCAUCCACCAGGUGGAGGCCAAGCCGUCCGUAUACUUCAUCAAGUUUGACGAUGACCACCUCAUUUAUGUCUACGACCUGGUGAAAACUUCAUGACUUUGCAGACACCCUGACCCCACUUCUCCUUGGACGGAAACCAAACAACAGACACAUACACGUUGACACAUCACAAACGUCAUCCUGUAACACGCUCUGCUGACCCUUAACGACUAAAGCCCCAGGGGAUCUUUUAAAGGCGAAAAGUAUACAUGUUUGAGUCGGCAAUUAUGUCUGUUAUUCAGACUUGGGAAUAUAGAAAGAACUCCAGGUAGUUAGGUAGGCAGCAAUGUAGCAACAAGGUAGUUCUUUCUUUGUCAACUAACAAGCUACAAGAAACUCAAUUUGACAGUGCUUGUUAGUGUAAAUGACAUUUAAAGAAAAAUCAAACUACACAUUCUGAAUAUGAGGACAUGAAUGAAGCUUGACGCAGAGACAUCCUCAUCGUUGUCUGUUGACUCGUAUGAUGACCAUUUGGAUGCCCGUUUUUUUUUUUUUUUUUAAAGCCAUGAAAAGAACAUAAAUGCCCAAUACCGAGCCCAAACCAUGUGAAUCCAGUCUUUAUUUUCAAAGUCCUUUGCACUUCCAUGUUAUCAUUUUGACUCUUUUGAAAGCUCUUUAUUUAUCAAAUACUGUUUUUAUUUUCUUUUAGCUUUAGAUAUUCAUGGAAUUUCCUUUGUUUGGGCCUAUCAUCCCACAAUUUUCUUUGACUUUUGAACAUGUUUUUGCGUUUAUCACUAACCAGUGAUCCUUCAGUGGACCAUGGCCAUUUUAGUAGUUUCACAUUCAUGAGGACAGGAAUUUAUUUGUUGAUGAAAAAUAUUAAUAUCAAAACUGGAUAUAUCCCAAACAACAAAGCAGGGUUUUGUACAGAACAAAGCAGGAGACACAUUGGAUAUAAAAAAAAAAGAAAGACUUAAUUUCGCAGAUUUUAUUCAGAAUUAACGGAAUCCUCAGACGUCUGCAGAUGAAAACUGUGAUUAAAAAAGGGAUAUUUGUUUCCCCCUAAUUUUAUAUUGCCAAACUGCUAGUUCGUGUGGAGUUUUUUUAAGUGUCGUUGACUGUUUGUUAUGAUUUCACUAAAGCCUUUGCAUAAUGCUUUUGUGUACUUGCUGAAACGUCGCUGGAGUUUAAAAACAAACAAAACAAAAAGUUGUAGUUGUGAAGUAUAGUUUAUGUCUUAUUACGAUACUAUGAUGAUGAUUAUAUCUGCGCUUCCUUCAGUUGAACUUGUUUGAAAACAGUUAUGCAUUCUUCGUGUUGAAGUUCAAGGCAAAUGUUGCAUUAUGUUGCACCUUAAAUCCCGAGGAAGGAGUUAAGAAGGUAGUAAAACAACCAAUAUUCUCUGGGCCCGUUGUCAGAUGUUGAGUGAAAGAAACCUUACAGAAAUACACUCGAGUGUAACCAAUGUGACUUUUUUUUUGAGGAAUGGAAACGGGAUUCCACCCAUGUCUGCGUUUAAACUCUAGACGAGUUUCUUUUGUUCGCGAUGUGAAAAAUCAGACUUUCGGUGAUGUUGGUGUAUGUUGUGUUGGUCAGUUCCACACCAUUGGAUACAGUAGAUAGUUGGUUGUAUUACUCUAUGUAUGUGACACAAUGAUCCUCCAGGAAAUGUUUCUUUUCAUUUCAUUGCCUUUACGCACAAGUGAAGGUUUACGAUAAACACAGACACAUUUUUGUGUUUCAGUCCGUCAUUCCUACCAUCAAUAAUGUCGUAUGUGCGAAACAAAGACUGGAGCGUUAUUUGCGUCUGUAAUUACUAAACAAGGUAACCUAACAUGCUAUGUAUGGUUUGAGGAUACAUAUGUUUUGAGGUCUAAAAUGAUGAUCUUGGUUUUCUAAUCCAAAAUGUACCCUGAAGAAUCACGUAGGAGGUAAAGAAAACAAUGUUGAAAGCCAUUGAGGGUGUUUUGGUUUAGUCGAUGUACUGAUGAGAUGCAAAUGUCAAGCCUUUAGUUUGUGUACUUCCAGUGAUGUAGAUAGUCAUCAGAACAGAUAGAUGACAACUAUCAUUCAUAACUGCACAAAAAUGGUCUUUGCCAGACUUGUAUGCGCAUAUAGUAUGUUUUUCAAUCGAGGUAUUUCAUCUCAACACGCACUGUUUUAGUUGACAACACAAUUUACCUGCAAAGUUGUGUUCAUAACAGUCUGUUUUCUUUUAUCUUGCAGUUACUGAUAAUUGUUGUUGAUGUCGGAAUGACAUGGCUUUUUCUAUCACCCUGCCUUGUAUUGUUAUUUUUUGUAUGAUUAAACAUAUAUGUUAAUUUUUA